AUGUCUUUCGUCCAGCGCCGCAUGUUCUCCGCCUCGGCGAGAAGCCUCUCCAAGGUCACCGUCCUCGGUGCCGCCGGUGGUAUUGGCCAGCCCCUCUCCCUGCUCAUGAAGCUCAACCCCAGAGUCACUGAGCUCGCCCUCUACGACAUCCGCGGAGGCCCUGGUGUCGCUGCCGACAUCUCCCACGUCAACACAAAGUCCGUCGUCAAGGGCUACGACCCCACCGCCACCGGCCUCGCCAGCGCCCUCAAGGGCGCCGAGGUCGUCCUCAUCCCCGCCGGCGUCCCCCGCAAGCCCGGCAUGACCCGCGACGACCUCUUCAACACAAACGCCUCCAUCGUCCGCGACCUCGCAAAGGCCUGCGCCGAGUCCUGCCCCGACGCCAACAUCCUCGUCAUCUCCAACCCCGUCAACUCCACCGUCCCCAUCGUCUCCGAGGUCUUCAAGGCCCGCGGCGUCUACAACCCCAAGCGCCUCUUUGGCGUCACCACCCUCGACGUCGUCCGUGCCUCCCGCUUCGUCUCCGAGAUCAAGUCCACCGACCCCAAGGACGAGAACAUCACCGUCGUCGGCGGCCACUCUGGCGUCACCAUCGUGCCCCUCUUCUCCCAGUCCAACCACCCCGACCUGUCCUCCAACGCCGAGCUCGUCAACCGCGUCCAGUUUGGCGGUGACGAGGUCGUCAAGGCCAAGGAUGGUGCCGGCUCCGCCACCCUCUCCAUGGCCUUUGCUGGCGCCCGCAUGGCCGAGUCCCUCCUCCGCGCCGCCCAGGGUGAGAAGGGCAUCGUCGAGCCGACCUUUGUCGACUCCCCUCUCUACAAGGACCAGGGCAUCGACUUCUUCUCGUCAAAGGUCGAGCUCGGCCCCAAUGGCGUCGAGAAGAUCCUGCCCAUCGGUGAGGUCGACGCCGCCGAGGAGAAGCUCCUCGAGGCCUGCUUCAACGACCUCAAGAAGAACAUCGCCAAGGGUGUCGCUUUCGUCGCCCAGAACCCCCCCAAAUAA